ACGUGUAAACGAAUAUGUAUUACGCUAUACCCUUUUUAUUAAUGGUAAUUAGUGUUAAUUGUCAAAAUACAGAGACCGGAAAAUGUUCGGAUUUGGUUAUCCAAAGGCUCUGCAUAGACCAGGAGGUGUGCGAUGAGUGUCUGCAAGCCCAUACGUGCUGCAACUGGUGCUACGACGAGAGCUACCAGGGUCGACAGUGCAACAUUUUGGAAAACCUAUCUGCAUGCUCAAAAAAGAAGCUGGAGGUCAACAUGGAAAAUAAAGUAGAAAUACCGGAGGAUAAGAACAAAGCAUUUACAGAUGGAAGCGCAAAGGAAGUGAUACAGUUGAAACCACAGUUUCUUAACGUUUAUCUUGCCAAAGACACCCCCCAAAACUUCACAUUUACCUACAAACCAGCGAAGAACUACCCCUUAGACCUGUACUACUUGGGCGACAUGAGCGCGACGAUGUGGGCUCAUCUUAAAAUCUUCAAAACCAUAGGGGCUGAUUUACCCAACAAUCUCACGCAGCUGACGAAGAACUACAAGUUGGCUUUCGGGUCGUUUUUGGACAAAGUCGGAAUGCCCUUUUAUCUGACGGCGCCCGAUAACUUCGACAACCCCUGUUUCACCUUCAGCGAGGAGGGUUGUGAGACUGGGUACUUGUUCAAACAUAAGUUGAGCUUUACGGGGAAUAUUGACCAAUUUAUAGAAAUG